GACAAUGAUAAAGUAAAACUCGGCUUUGUUUUCAGAAGAAGUUCACAGUGACUAGGCUAACAUUAACAAUGUUAACUUUUGUUGUUUAAUUCUUUAUAUUAUCUUUGUUUUUGAAGUACACUUGAACUUGAUGUCUUAUCACAAAUAACACUGAGUCAAACUUCUUCUUAAAACAAUCAAUAAAUAAAAAAGAAAGUUAUUUUUAAUUAGCUUGAAUUUUUUAUCUUUCUCAAUUGUUUAUAUUGAAGUAUUUUAAAAUCUUUUAAAAUGAAAAUAUUGCUUGCAAUAGUUACAACGUUUCUUGUAAUUCAAAUAAAGUGUAACGCCGCGGCAAGAUCUAAAGGCAACAGGAUGCCGACUCAACCUAUAAAAUUGUACUAUCUACCACCGUCGCCCCCAUGCCGUUCUGUGAUGAUGACGGCCAGAGCACUGGGAAUAGACUUGGAACUUGUGCUUACGAAUAUAAUGGAAGGCCAACAUAAAACUCCAGAAUAUAUAAAGAUGAAUCCGCAACACACGAUACCAACAAUGGAUGACAACGGUUUUAUACUAUGGGAAAGUCGUGCCAUCAUGUCUUAUUUCGUUAAUGCAUAUGGACGCGAUGACUCUCUGUAUCCGAGGAAUCCACGUCAAAGAGCGCUUGUUGAUCAGCGGCUUAAUUUUGAUCUGGGUACAUUAUAUAAACGAUAUAUGGAUCUUUACGUCCCAAUGUUGUUUAAAGGUGAAGCAUACAAUGACGAAGCAGCAGAGAAGUUAAACGAGGCUUUGGAUUGGUUGAAUAUCAUGCUAGGAGGCCGAGCAUUCGUUGCUGGAGAUAAUCUCACCAUUGCUGAUAUAUCUAUUGUCGUCACUCUUUCUAAUUUAGAGGCCUUCGGAUUUGACUACAGCGCUCAUGAAAACGUCGUAAAAUGGUUCGAGAGAACGAAAAAGACUCUUGAACCUUACGGCUAUGCAGAAAUCGAUCAAGGAGGUGCACACAUUCUUGCAUCAUUCUUGAAAAAAGAAUGAAUAUUAAACACAUUUUAUUGUUUAUUUCAUUACUAGUAUACGCAAUAAAAACUUUACCACACAAA